GAUUUAUACGAAAGCUAAAGAUUUCUAGAUCUGCGUGGCAGGUGAGUUCGUUAUCGUUACUGUCACUAAACACUCUCUAUAAGUAUCAAUUAUCAAAGAAACCGAACGCAGUAUGAGUGGGAAUGAUUACAAGGAGCAACAAGGAACAGUGGAUUUAAUUGUCAAGAAGAAGAAGUACCAAGCGACCAUGAAAUUUCUUUGUCCCAUAAGAAGCGGAAGAGAGAUGGAUAGAUCUGGGGAGAAAGAAGAUAAUGACAGGGAUAUACCAGGAAUGCAUCAGAUGGAUAAAAUGGGUUUAUACCAGAUCACUAUGUAUAUUAUUAUCAGUAUACCUUUACUUCUUUCUGCUGGUUUCACAGUGGGUUACGUUUUUUCUGCUGGUGACGUAAAAUACAGAUGCUUCGUUCCGGAAUGUGAGGAUCCGUUGAAUACGACAUAUAGUACAACCUGGUCAUCAUACUCGGUACCCUUUACCAGCUGUACCAGAUACUUGGUGCAUAAUGUAUCUGAAACGGACGUCUGCACGGAAUCCUCGUUUACCAAUGAAACUGAACGUUGCGAAUCCUGGGUUUAUGAUUCUACUGAACGGACCAUUUUGAAUGAAUGGGACCUCACGUGCAAAAAUAACCAAUGGAAACUUACCCUGGUAGGAACGAUAAAUAAUAUUGGUCAAUUCGUUGGACUUAUAUUUACCGGCUACUUGUCAGACAGAUUUGGACGAAGAACAGUACUUACGUUCUCAACAUUUAUUACCGGUGUCGUUGGUCUUUUUCAUUCGUUUUCCGUGAAUUAUUGGAUGUUUCUCGUUUGCGAAUUCCUGGUUGCAGUAGCAGCUGCCGGUAUUUACAGUGCUGGAUUUAUACUAGGAGUCGAGCUCGUUGGCGUCAAGCAAAGAGUUUUCGGAGGAACAAUAAUAAGUUGUAUGUACGCCGUGGGAGAAAUUUGUCUAGGUUUAAUAGCAAUGUGGUUAAAAUCCUGGCGUGUUAUUCUUAGAAUGGUAUAUGGGCCCGCAUUAUUGGCUAUUGCCUUGCCGCUUAUAAUACCAGAAUCGAUUAGGUGGUUGGUGACGAAAAGAAAAGGCGACGAGAUUGUGAAGAUUUUUAAAAGAAUGGCGUGGAUGAAUAGAAUAGAAAUAUCCGAGGAGGCUAUAUUGAAAUUCAAAGAAAUGAAAUCAGAAUACGAAAAGCAAUCUCUAAAAGAACCAAUUGACAAAUUAAAUCUCAAACAAGUUCUCAGCAGAUCUAAAAUUCUCAUUCGAUUGCUGGUGUGCAUUUUCUGCUGGGUGACAAAUACUUUCGUCUAUUACGGACUCUCCUUAAAUUCCGUAGCUGUUGCGGGUGACAAAUACCUGAAUUUUAUACUAGUGUCAGCAGUGGAGAUACCUGCUUAUUUCAUUGCUUGGAUAUUAAUUGAGCAUGUCGGUAGAAAACCAGCAUUGUUCAUGUCCUUUAUUUUGAGUGGAUUAUUUUGUCUGGCAAUCGAUUUCGUUCCGUCAGGAACGUGGACGUAUCUUCCUCUGGUGUUAUACAUGGGCGGUAAAGGCUGCAUAACAAUGGCAUUUGGAAUAAUUUACAUUUACACUGCAGAAAUGUUCCCCACGUCACUCAGGCAUUCCUUGUUAGGAAUAUGUAGUAUGACUGGACGUAUAGGAUCAAUAUUGGCACCGCAAACUCCAUUAUUGGGAAGCAUAUCCGAGAGCCUCCCACUUAUACUAUUUGGCAGCAUGGGGCUGAUCGCUGGUUUUCUCUCGUUAAUCUUUCCGGAAACUCUCGGUACGAAACUUCCGGAUACGCUUUACGAAACAGAAAAUAUUGGCAAGGAUUUGAAAAAGAAUCAUAAGGAAUGGUCAUCGUCGUGAAAGUAAAACUUGAAGGAACAACAUUGUAAACGCAUCUAAGUUAGUGAAUCCCUCAGAAAAUCUCCAAUCAUCAUUUUCUAUGUAAUUAACAAUGCGACUUCAGCAUUUAUCUCGACGUUGUUAUUUACGUCGUAAUAAAGAACGAAGCAUUAUUUUACUCUAUAA